ACGAGAAUUUCAUUGCUUUUCUCGUCGGGUGUACUCAAUAUGUUCGCGAAUUCCAGACGUAGACUUUGAGUACACAUACAUCUGUGAUUACGUGUACUCUGGACAUGGAUAACACGCUUGAUCGGCCGGCCAUGUCCUAAUCGGCUAUUCACACGUAAUAUUGGGGGACCUAAAGUACUCGGAACCAUCACAGACUACCCCGGCUGCUCUCCAGACAGUUCAAGAUAAUGUCUGUGACCAUUAACGGGGGUGUGGCCUUAUCGUGUCUGGCUACCAAAAAGAAUUGCGGUAGCAAUGUGAAUUUGCUGCUUUUUGCUCAUUGUAGUAAGCUUAACAUGGCAAACAAAACUGGUAUUGUGAAGUUGCACGGCAAGCCAACAGUUACUCAUCAGUUCAGCUCGAGAAUUUAAGGGAAAUGUCUGCACUUUGUGCACUAUAAUCGAAAAGAAAAGUCUUUAUCUAACGAAAUUUCACGCUUGUUUAGAGAAAAUUGAAGUCAAUUCUUAUUUUCUUUUGGUUGGCUGCCAGCAAUUCUUCUACCUGAAACUAAAACAACAGCUGUUGGAGAGGAGGGAGUUUGUAACGCUAAUCAGCAGCCGAGUUUUCUUUUUAAUGUUCAAUUACCCAGCCUCGAAUCAAAGUAAUCGGACGCAACGUCUGUGGUUGGACUCCGAGAAAAAAGUUUGUUAAGGUCACAGGAACCAGGACGGCACACAGCAGCAGGAAGGCGGAGACGAAAGCGGCCAAUACGGAUGGAGGGCAAUCUGUUCACUCAGGACAGAAAACGAGCCACGGAUUUUUUUGUUAUCACCAUACGAGUGUUUUUGGGAACAUCAUAUACACUGGACACCUCAUAAAGCGACGCCAACAUGUUCUAAAAUGAGCACAGCUGUAGGCAGACAAAGCCAGAAAGCAGCUGGAAGCUAAGGUCACCCUUCAGGUAUCCUUAUCUUCAGUUGCUGGGUAAACCAUUCGUACUUGGACACCUUAACCGCACUCGCGACGGGGCAGUCUCACCUUUCCCAGACAGCACGGUUUGCAAAGCGGAAAGAACCUACCUCACAGAAUGAAAGGCAGACCUCAAAACAUUUUACGUGUGGGAAGAACAAACUGGAAAUAACCAGUUUGCACCAGAAAUCGGGAAGGGAACUUCAACGACCUGAUAAGUAAUGCAUUUUUUAAUGAUUAUUAUUUAUUUGUAACAUUUUAGUUUUUCCUUGAAAAUUACAUUCUGCGCGGUGGCGAGGAAAUCGGUUGUCCCAGCAAUUCAUUUAACGAUGGGACGUGCAAAUUCAAGUGCACACACAAAGCUGAAAACCAGUCAACAAAAAUUUGUGAUGUCGGAUUGAGAGGUUUAACUAGAUGUGAUUUAUUAACUAUUUUCAACUUCAAAAUCCCGCCUCGUCGGUAUAAUUUAUGAGUGCGGUUACACCGUCUCGUAAAUAAAAGCGCACGCCGAAUGGAUGCGGAUUCAUACGCUCGCAGAUAUCGAUUAUCAUAACAUGAAGAUUUUUUGGGCUCAAAUUUGCAUUUCUCAAGUCGCCUUGUUAACAGGAGCUUAUUUCCUGGUCAAAAGAGGAGGUCGUCGAGCACACAAGGGGUGUGUUGGACUCUAUAUACUUGCUGCUGUUUUACUUCAACUACAUUCUAUGUUUGAGAGGUUCGGGUGGUGUGAUGGUGUAUUAAAACGUUUUCCACGACAUUACUCUGAUAUGUCGGACGGAGAAAAAUGCAGUGAGAAACCUGAGGAGAGGAUCGACCCUAUCGACCAUAAAGACUAUCCACCUGCAAUUCGACGUGAGCCUUGUCGACAAGUUGAGCGCUGAGAAAAGUAAGGAACCAACCACGUCUUCUUAAAUAACGAUCAAUUUGUACGUGAACUGGGCAAAAGGAGAUUGCUUCCGUCUAAAGCUUUGAGAAAAAUCAUGAUAAAUGUUAUCUUCUUCUGUCUUGGUUUGUGGACUCGCAGCAGCCAAGCCAAUCCGAGCAUCGCCUCCUUCCAAUUUAAUGCAAACAAAACCGAACCUUUAAACUCGAUCAGUUUCGACGAGGCCAUUAAAUCAGCGAUCAAAUCCUGUGCUAACAUCGAGAGCAUCUUUCACUUGAUCGAUCCGAAAUGGCCGGACGCCCCGAGAAGCACCAACCACAAACCGAUCGUUCCGCAUGGCUACAGUCAAUCAAAUUACCUCAUCUCUUCCGAGCUAUCUGCCAUCGAUCCGAAGGUGCCCUUGACCAUUGGCUUCUUAAGCUCUUAUCAGAGCAGUAAGAUGACGCUUGGUGCCAUUCCGCUAGCUGUUGAAGCAGUCAACAAAGAUCCUAAUCUGUUGCCUGGACGUAGACUUAAAUUCGUUGCCGCCGACAUUGGCAAUCCAGUAGGGAAUGAUGGGUUAACGGCACUGGCCAUUCGACGAAUGACUGAGAUGAGAGACAACAAUUUAACUAUCGCUUUCAUCGGACCCGAUGGACAUCAUUGCGCAGACGAAGCUCUGGUGGCAGCAGCCUGGAACCUGCCCAUCAUCACGCACAAAUGCUCGGAAAAGAGGCUAUCUGACAUGCCGCAGACGUACUUCACAUUCGCCCGCACAAUUCCACUCGCAUCCAAAAUAUCUAAACCGGUAAUGGCUUUGUUGCAGAAUUUCGGCUGGAACAGGAUUCUUAUCAUUGUCGGGAGGAGGAACGAAUGGAUCCAGAUAAAAGAAGCCAUUCAGGUUUCCGCUCGAGACAAAAGGAUUGAAGUUAUCGACGUGAUUUACCUAGACGACCAUUCACCGGCUCAAGUGGAAACGAUGAACACAAUUGCUGAAAGCACUUUCCAACGUACGCGGAUCUAUCUUUUUAUCGGCCAGGACAUAGCUCUCGUUCAUUUCGUCAAAGCUCUCCACGGGCUAGGAGUGCUGGCAAGUGGUGAUUACAUGGUCAUUUCAAUCGACGAUUUUGCAUUCAAUCCUGAACCAAAUGCCCAAUACACCAAUCGCAAUCAUCUCGAUUCUUACUUAACAUCCGUAAAAACAAUAGAUGAAAUUCAGGCUUUUCGUUCAGUCUUGAAAGUAACAUCUUCCCAUCCACGCAAUCCUAAUGCCAGGAAAAUGUUAGCCAAAAUGAAAGAGUAUUCUUCUCGGCCACCAUUUUGCGUGUCUUAUCGUCCAACAAUUUUCGACGACAUCGAAGUACCUUUUUACGCUUAUCACGCCUAUGACGCCGUCAUGCUCUACGCCCAGGCAUUGACGGAAUCUCUGCGCGAUGGCUAUGACCCUCGUAACGGGACCAACAUCGUGGAACGCAUCCGUAGCCGUGUGUACCAUUCGGUCCUUGGAUAUGAUGUGUUCAUCGAUUCCAACGGUGAUGCAGAAGGUAAUUACACGGUUUUUUCUAUGCUCCCUUUUCACGGGAAACGGUCCGGUGGGUCGACAUCGUACGAUGUCUCGAAUUACGUCAUGCAACCUGUUGGGUAUUUCCAGUACAACACCGGCAACAUGUCUCCUAAAGAUUUCCCGGUCUUUCUGUAUUUCAACUCGAGCCGUCCAAUCGAUUGGAUUGGAUUUGGUCCACCCGUUCCGGAAUCGUCUUGCGGUUUUGCGAGGGAAAAGUGGGUCCGACUUGCGACGCCCGACUGGAGAAGCGUUGUUUGUACAGUUUCCGGUGUUGUUUUUAUCGUGACAAUCGGCUUUGCCUCCAGGCAUUACUGUUAUGCGUAUAAACUGGCCUGCUUACUCUGGAAGGUGGACACUCGCGAAAUCAUUAUUACCGCGUCUCCAGCCGAUAUCACUGACACGCCGGACCAUUAUGUCGCUAGGAGCCUGACUGGCCAUCACGGACGAAAUAACAAUAAUAGCAAUGAUGAAGAUAAAGGAUUGCCGGGCAAAGAAAAUUCGUCCGUUUGUGACCAGGGCAUAAAGCGUUUCUACACUAGAACGGGUAGCUACAAAGGCAAUGUUGUGGCUAUCAAGACCAUCCGUACGAAAAGCUUCUGUUUCACGAACAACGUCCGGAAAGAAUUGAAACAAAUGAGCGCACUUCGCCAUGAGAAUGUCGUUUCAUUUAUGGGCGUAUCCGUUGAAAACGGAAGCGUUUCUAUCCUGACAGCUUAUUGUGCUCGGGGAAGUUUGGAGGACAUUCUCAAGUACCCCGAUUUCAAACUGGAUACAUUUUUCAUCGCCUCUCUCGUUACUGAUUUAAUUAAGGGAAUGAUAUUCCUUCACGAAAGUGAAAUUGUGUCACAUGGUAACCUGAAAUCCUCCAACUGUUUGGUCGACUCGCGAUGGGUUUUGCAAAUCACCGAUUUCGGUCUACAUGAACUCAAAGCUUUCAGUAACGAUGCUCAAAAGAAAGCCAAAUGUGCUAAACGGCUUUUGUGGAAAGCGCCGGAAUUGUUUCGUAACCCGAAUUCUCCGCCGCGGGGGACCCAGAAAGGCGAUGUUUUUGCCUUUGGCAUCAUUCUUUAUGAAAUUUUCGGUCGUAAAGGACCUUGGGGUGACCUGUUGGAUACCAUGUCACCUACAGAUAUAGUCGAAAGACUUGCCCAUCCAGAACGGUUCUCUUCCAAGUUUUUCCGUCCGCCCGUUUCCCUGUUGAAUUGCAAGGAGUACAUCAUCCGCUGUAUGCAGGACUGCUGGCACGAAACGCCAGAAAUGCGCCCCAACUUCAAAUCCAUCCGUAGCCGCCUGAAGGAAAUGGAAGCUGGAUUGAAUCCCAACAUCUUUGAUAGCUUUAUGAUCAUGAACGAGAAGUAUACUUACAAUUUAGAAGGUCUUGUUCAGGAAAGAACUGAUCAACUGGUCGAGGAGAAGAAGAAAACGGAAGCUCUUUUACACAGUGUGUUGCCAAAUAGGUCGGUGGUCGAAUCGCUCAAACGAGGAGAACCUGUUAAGGCGGAAAGUUUUGAUUCGGUGACCAUCUAUUUCAGUGACAUUGUCGGAUUCACAUCUCUGUCGGCCGUGAGCACGCCGCUACAGGUGGUCGGUCUUCUCAAUGAGCUUUACACCUUAUUCGACUCGAUAUUGGAAAACUAUGAUGCUUACAAAGUGGAGACCAUUGGCGAUGCUUACAUGGUGGCCAGUGGGCUGCCCAUUCGUAACCGUGACUACCAUGCGGCUGAAAUCGCUUCAUUGGCCCUUCAUCUACUCUCCGAAAUACGCAAUUUUCGCAUUCGUCAUAGACCUGGAGAAACGCUGAAAUUGCGCAUCGGUAUUCAUUCCGGUCCGUGCGUCGCUGGCGUAGUCGGUUUGAAAAUGCCGCGUUAUUGCCUUUUCGGCGAUACGGUGAACACUGCAUCCAGGAUGGAAUCAACUGGACAAGCUCUUCGCAUUCACAUAUCGGCAGCCACCAAAGAACUCUUGGAUCGGUUGGGCGGCUUCGUCAUAGAAGAACGUGGAUUAACGUCCAUUCGGGGUAAAGGUGAAAUGAUGACUUAUUGGCUAGCUGGGGAGGAGUCGUGGCGUGCUGGGCGUCGUCGUCCUAGUACAGUUAAAAGAGAGGUCACAGCAACUGCACAACCAGCUGAUGCCGAUCCACAGAUCGGACCCCAAAGUCCUACCAUGUUAGGUGACGCACCUUACGUAUCAAAGGUAGACCACUCAGACAGCUCAAUAAUAAAUAUCCGAGAGAAAUUCAGUAAUGACGUUCAUAUAAGUGUUGACUCGGUCACCAACAAUAGCUUUAGUAACCUAUGGUUAGGGUAAUAUUUUGGUUCUAAAAUCAAUCACGAAUAAAAUAAUGGACGCCUUAUGCACAAAAAAAAUCGUGGGAUCGUGUGAAAUUCACGUAAAAAUUAGCCUACGAAAUACGGUUAUCUCCGUAUUUUACUGGCCUCCCACUUGCCCCCUGUAAUCUCUUCCUUUUCAAAGAUAUAAACUCUUUUUUCAGCUUAAGUAACUACUUACUAUAGCCAGGAUAUUAUCACGAUUCUUGGCCAUGAGUUCUAUUAUGAACUACUUAUUAAGCGUUCAUCGUACAGCUGAGUGUCCUAAGUUAGCAAUUGGCUUUUUGAAUGAUCAAUGUGUCACCAUGUCAGUUAAACCGUUUAAAUGGUUAAAUUGUUUAAUGAAAACAGUUUAAAUCUUCUAGUCAAGACUCAAGCGAACACGCUUUACGUGUGGAUUGACUUAACCGUGUCCACAUUACGACACUCGGUUUAGUUAUGCCCUUUCAUGAAUCUACCGAAAUUCUGUGAUUGUUUAUCGUAUGCCUAUGUGUGCUGUUGUCAUCUUAUCUUCUCCUCUCGUGUCGGUGGUAGCUAUCCAGAUUUUUUUUAAUAGAAAAAAAAUGUUAUGUGGAA